AUAGUUUCUCCUUUACCUACUAGAGAGCAGUACGAGCGAAUCCCGCUACCCGCUGGGUACCGUAAAUGACGUCUAAUAUGACACAUGCGCACUGCUCCCAGAACUCCGUGAUCGUUCGAGAAUGGCUUGGAGGGCGCGGCAGUAGAUUUGGGAGCUGAGGAGUGCGGUUUGUGGUUUUUCUAAAUGUUUUCUUCAUUUCUUAUUCUUUUGAUUUAACUUGGCUGUUAAAAGUGUUGCGGUGUUUUCUCGCAAUCCCGCAGGAACGGAAAUAAGGAAUUGUAUGAAUAUCGUUAGUGUGCACUGCAAGAGGACAUAAUUCGUAUAUCCGUCGGCGAAGGGAGUGUUCGCUAACUCUGUAAUGUUGGUGAUCGCUGCAAUUGAGAUUUCGCUGAGUACGUACAGAUAGUAAAACAUUCAGGCCAAUGAUAGGAUUAUGUUAAAAAAGUUGGAAACCGUUUACAGAUGGCCAAUGAGUAAAUACUAGGUUGUGCAUAUACAUUUUAUAAGCUAGCUAGUUAGCUAGCGUUUGUGUAUGUCCGUGCGUGUUUUUUGUGCGUACGUGCUUGCGUGCGUGUGUGGUGUGUGCCCGCGUGAAAGGGAGAGGAGGGACAAGCGUGUGUCCAUCUAUGCCAAUGAAGGGAACUUCGGCGGUUCUGUGAAGCCUUCUAGACUGCUUUUCUGCAUAUAGCAGGAGUUUCGUCGACGAACCUUUUAUCCGUAAGCCGGCGUCACGUUCGUCAAGAAGGGUGGACACAUAAUGGGGUGUGCAAUGUCUGCUGAGGAGCGGGCGGCUCUAGCUCGGAGCAAGCAAAUAGAGAAAAAUUUAAAGGAAGACGGUAUACAAGCAGCAAAAGAUAUAAAACUUCUGCUAUUAGGAGCUGGAGAAUCGGGGAAGAGCACCAUAGUGAAGCAAAUGAAGAUCAUUCACGAAAGCGGUUUCACACCAGAAGAUUUCAAGCAGUACCGACCUGUAGUUUACAGCAACACCAUACAAUCACUGGUGGCUAUUUUGCGAGCUAUGCCAAAUUUGGGUAUUGGUUUUGGCAACAAUGAGAGAGAAACUGACGCCAAAAUGGUUUUUGAUGUAAUUCAAAGGAUGGAAGACACAGAACCCUUUUCUGAAGAACUGUUGGCAGCAAUGAAACGCUUAUGGGCAGAUACAGGUGUACAAGAGUGUUUUGGGAGAUCCAAUGAAUACCAGCUAAACGACUCUGCCAAAUAUUUUCUGGAUGAUCUUGAUCGGCUAGGUGCCAAAGAUUAUCAACCUACGGAACAAGAUAUUCUAAGAACACGUGUGAAAACAACAGGGAUUGUUGAAGUUCAUUUUUCAUUCAAGAACCUAAAUUUCAAACUCUUCGAUGUAGGUGGCCAGAGAUCAGAACGUAAGAAAUGGAUCCAUUGCUUUGAAGACGUCACAGCAAUAAUUUUCUGUGUUGCGAUGUCAGAGUAUGAUCAGGUUCUGCAUGAAGAUGAAACUACGAAUCGUAUGCAGGAAAGUUUGAAGCUCUUCGACUCCAUCUGUAAUAACAAAUGGUUUACCGACACGUCGAUCAUUCUGUUUCUUAACAAGAAAGAUUUGUUUCAGGAGAAAAUUAAAAAGUCUCCUCUUACGAUAUGUUUUGCUGAAUUUGCAGGUGCUCAGGAAUAUGGUGAGGCUGCUGCAUACAUUCAGGCUCAGUUUGAAGCCAAAAACAAGUCCACCACAAAGGAAAUCUACUGCCAUAUGACCUGUGCAACAGAUACAGACAACAUUCAGUUUGUGUUUGAUGCGGUGACAGAUGUCAUCAUCGCUAACAACCUGAGGGGUUGUGGUUUGUACUAAGCGCCCUAACACCCAGGGUGUGGAGCUGGAUGCUGCAAAAGAUGCGUAGAAGACUGUGAGAUGUGUAGCAGGGGACUUCAUGGGUGAUGCUUGUCAUAUUUGAGGUCGGACACACCUUGGAUGCAAUAUUUGAUAUUGAAUGCCAGCACAAAGAAGAGGAAAAUUGCACUGGGAGGUCUUUAUUAUGCAUUUUUAACAAUUCUUAAUUAAUUCUUGUGCAGUCACACAUCUUCACACCAUGUUCAUAUUCUGCUACAAAGUAAUGUUUUGAUAAGAACCACUGUAGUAUAAAUACCUAACUCUGUGAAAAUAUUUACAGGAUGCUAAACCCUAUAACUAUAUUUCAAAGGAUGAUUGUGCAUUUCUUGAUGUUAAUUUAUGAGAAGUGUGUGCAGUGCAUUUUUGCUGUAUUGUCAAUUGUUUCAUUAUGUUCUUAUCAUUGUUUUCAUUCAUUUAAAUUUUCGUAUUUCACUUACAACUAAAAAAAAUUGUCAAGUGUUGGUUAAAUUAUAAAGACUAUCAGUGCUUUGAAGAUGUAGAGUUAUUUCUCUACUCUCAAACUGAAUGUUUCUUCUCCUGCAGAGCACAUGGGCGUUAUCAGAGAGGCACAUCAUGACAUUUCAACAUUCAUUUGUUAUUCCGAAGUCAUGAGCUCAAAAAGCUGGGAUAGAGAAAUAACCAGGUCUUGGAGAAGUAACCCUCAGUUUCUGUGAGAUGUGGAGAAAUCUCUAUAAUCAUGUGCAGUCAUUCUUGCAGAAUUUGUGCAUGAAUGUUUUGUUAUUAAUUUAAAUGUUUUUAUAUCUUUUGUUUUUAUUUCUUUAAAGUUACUACCUAAUUUAUUUAUUAUUGCAUUGACACAAAAUAUUGGUCCAAUGUUAUGUAUCAAGUUAUCAAGUGCCAAGAUGUUCAUUUUUAUAGGAUAUGUCUGAUGCUUCUGUAACAGUUUUGCUCUUAAAACAGAGCAGUUACAUGUGCUUUAUAUUAUAUAUUGUUUGUUUUGUGUUUGCAAUGUUCACUGGCAAGCAUUAGCUCUAGAAACAAGGGCCAACGUGCUUUCAUUGCCAAGGGACACAUACUGUGUCUCCAGGAACGCACAUUCACUAAACUGCACACAAAUCCAUUUGUACUGUAUUCGUAUUUUUGACUACGCCUUUGUAGUAUUAUUCUAAAUAAUUGUGAAGCUGAAGGUGUCUUUGCUGGUCUUUGUCAUUGUGAACUGGACUUUUGAACGUUACUGUAAAUGUGAAAUCUGCCAAAUGUGGGCCCCAAGAGUAUCGUAGUGUUGUUAAAAGGCUCUAGUGGGCACGGUUGUUUCAUUUGUCCUCUGUCUCAAGGUUGUGAGUCUUUCUGUAUCACUCUGCUGUUUGGUAAGAGACUUUUUUGAGCCUGCAGACUCAACGGAGGUUGAAUCCUCAGUUCAAGCUAGACAGCAGCAACAUAAUCAGCAUUGAAUAGUGAUAUAUAUCUACAAAAAAUUGGGAUGGGAAUAAACAAAUUAUUUUCUGUAGAUAGUAAUAUUUGGAGUGGAUGUAGUUUUUAAAACAACAGUAUAAAAACUUACAUGUUUGUGAAGAAUUGGAGGUAGAAGAUGAAUCCUGAGAAACUUAUCAAUUGAAUUGAAGACUUCGUGAUAUUUGUUUUGUAAGAGCAACCAAAGCAAUAUUUUAUUUUCCUGUUUUAGAAAUGGGGGAUUUUAUAACAUCUCACUUGUUUUCAUGCUCUUGCCAUAAGUACAGAUGAAACGUAAGUAUUUCCCAGUUGCAGCAAGACAAAACGUGAUUCUGUUUUAAGCAUCUUCGCCAAUUUCAUUCAAGCAUAGCUCUGCAGCAAAUGCUAUAAAAUAGAGCUGAGGCAGUAGGGGGACGUGAGGUUAGUGGAUGGAAUGCAAGAAUGUGCUGUUCAGUGUUCAUUAGAAUAUGGGUGGUAUGAGGCACCUAUAUUUUCUUCGGCAGUCUCUUCUUUUUCCUCCUGUAUUUGAGCCAAUGACAAAAAAUCUGUGCAUUUUACAUUCCUCGUAAUAGCAUAUAUACAUAUACUAUCCACAUAAUUGAGAGCUGUUGUGCAGUGGCUGAAUUUGGAUUGAUUGGUUACUGGACUGUGUUGUAUAUCUUAAAUGAUUUCUCUAGGUUUGUGAAACAUGGUGAGGUAUGCUCCAACCUUCACAUUGUUACUUACAUGACAUUCCUCGAUUCUGAUUGCCUAGCAGUUGUGAAAGUCGAUUAGAUCCCAAUGCACUUCUUGAAGAUAAAACUACCUGAUAUAUUGUGUUAAAUGUCAACGUGUGGGCUUGUCACUGAUCGAAGCCAGACUGUACUGGUCAAAUUACGUGUCAUUGAGUAUGUAUAGACAACAUAUGCAUAAAUGGGAAUAAUAAUAUUGAUAUAUGAAAAAUAAUCUUAUGAAAAAUGCUAUAUUGUGUAGAAUUUUAUUUCACUUAUGACAGUUAUUGUGAAUCUAGUCAGUAGUGCAUUGAAUUGUUUAUGCCUCUUAUCAGUUUGUUAAUGCUAUUGACAUUUUUAUUUCUAUAAUUACUGUCUCUUAACUUAUUCAGAUGUGAUCUGGUGAGUGAAUGCGUGUUGUUUUCAUUUUCUUACCCCUGUUGUUGUUGUUGUUAUUCUUCUUCUUCUUCUUCUUCUUCUUCUUCUUGCAGAAACCUUUGUCUCAUAAUUCUGUUUCAUGCAACCUGCACUCUCUAGUUCCCUUUACUACAAUUUUCUGAAUCUUCCCAUGUCAUUUCUUUGAGCCUGUUUUAACGCACAUGUGAAAAUCUUUGUGAAUGCAAAUUUCCUUCUUUCAUAGUUUUGCAGACUGUUAAUGUUUUGGACAGCUCUGCAAGAGCUUUUGCUAGUUUCCCAAAUAAAAGGGAAAAUUUAUGUGCAAGUAAUUGUUUGUUUAUUCGUAUUUUUGGGGAGAUGAAAUUAGAUGUGCUUUGUAACUUAAAUGGAUGACCUUUAGUGCUGGGCCAUACUAAACAGUGCUUGUGCAGAUUUACUGUCUUUUGCCAUGUUCCAAAAAAAAAAAAUAAUAAUAAUAAUAAUAAAUAAAUCCAACCAACUGUGGGUAGAGGGUAGUGGAGAAGGGGAUGUUAGUGGGUCACAAUUGCACAUUGCAUCCCUGCCUUCCUCCUGAUCUCACCGCCAACAGUGUGCCUGAGAAAUCAAUGCGAUCCCUAUACACUGCAUGUCUACAUCAUCCCAAAGAACCUUUCUUCAAAUUUUUAAUUCUAAGUAAGUUGUGUGUGGCCAUUCCUCCAUGCACAGACCCCAUGUAACACCCUUUGUGUGUUUGCCUUUCAUGUGAUGUAUGUGUGUGGUGUUGUGGUUGAAAUGCUGAAUCUUUCCUUUGGUGCACAGAGUAGGAACAUGUGCUAUUUAAACUUGGGAGUUUUAAAAAAUUAACCUCAUGUCAGAUGAAAGGCUCAAAUCUUCCAGUAGAACGUGUGUUGUCAGUGUUUCUCUUCUACGUACAAAUUCUAUGACAUUCAGACAUCAAUUUUUCCAACCAUAUAAUGAAAACUGUAACUAUAAGAACAUAAUUAUAAGAUCAUUACUAUAAAAUCAUAACUAUAAGAGUUGGCAUGACUCCAUACUUUUUACUGCUCAUUCUUGUGAAAAAGAGAGAGAGAAAGUAAGAGAGAGAGUGAGAGAUGUUCUCUCUCAGAAAUGACUGUCCUUUGCAUAGUGCUGAAUUUUUAUCAUGUACCUCCUCUGUGCUAAUUUUUUUCACUGUUGUCUUUUUUGACCUUAAAAUUAUUUUUUUAUACUACCGAAUAUCAUAUGUAUAUACAGUAUAUAUGCCAACAUUUGUGUUUGAAACUUGAUGGCAGUGGUUAAACAUUAGCAGUUCUUUGAAUUGUAUCCAUUGUCUGUUUGUGAUAGCAUGGCAUUUGUGGUGCUGGUUUGCACUCAUCGGGUUGAAAUAAAGAGAAAUUUUUCAGCUGUGUAUAGCUUUAUUUUUGAUGGCAUUAUUUCUCUUGCUGGCUGCUUGUGCGAUAAUACAUUUAUCAUAAAUCUAUGAAAGGGUCCAUUUCAGUACACAAAUUUUUGAAAUAUUAAUAUUAUUUAAUUUUUGAUGGAUAACUGUUGGUGGGUAUAGAUCUGGGAGUUCAUGUUUGGGAAAGAAACCUCCUCUUCAUAUGGUGCUUGAAGUGCAUGUGGGUAAACCGCAGUCUACCUCUGUGGCUGUUUCACCACUUGGAGUGUACAUUGGCUGUGUGGCACAAAGAAUGCACCUUUCACCAUGUGUUUGUAGUUACUUGCUAAUAGCUCAAUGGAUGCUCUCUAAUUCAGGAGUUGCUGUGUACACCAAUAGUUGCUACCAAGACAAACACUUAAUUUGUAUGCAGUUUCACUGCUCCAAGCAAACUGACACUUGACGCCUCUUAUGAACUUUGUCUCCUUGACAUAAAUAAUUGAGUAUGAGAGAAGUAUUGCUGUUUGUAAGGUUACCUAAUCUUUGCUCGAAAUAACAUUGGUGAUGUAUGAUUGGGAUUUGUGAAAAUUGAUUGCAAAGCAAAUUCUGCAAUGCCAAACAAUGGGUGUUGUGAAAAUUGAUGUUAUUUAUGUAUCAUUGAUUGCUUAAUAUAACUGCCCAAAUUCAUGUACAUGUUCAAAUUUCAUGAAAUAUACAUAAUCAAUGAUAUACUAGUUGAUCUAGGUUAAUGUUUUCCCAACUUUUUUCGUAAUUAAAUCCCUGACAAUAGCUGAUAAAGUUCUGCACUUUUUACUUCCCAAGCAUGUUGCUUUUUUUACCUAGAAAGAUUUAAAAACUAUUCACACCUUUUUUUCAUAUGUGAGGACAUGAGUAGAACAUACAACCAAGAAAAGUUAAUGUAAUUAAGAAUGGGCAUUGUCAUAUUGUGAAUGCUACUACAGAUAUACACAUUACACUAGGGGUAAACUGGUUUUAACAAGAGAGUAACAAUGUGUUCCAGCUAAGCGAGUUAAAUGUCCUUAAGGAAAUAGAUUUUUACCAAUUGGAGCAUAAGGGAAUGGUAAAAUGUUA